AUGACUGUCAAUAGGCCUUCGCCUGCUGUCAAUGGCAAUCACACAAACGGCAAUGCCCCUUCCACAGUCCUCAUCAUUGGCGCCGGCAACUUCGGCGCAGCAACUGCUCUCACCUAUGCUCAACGUGGAGGUGUCAAGGUGACCCUCGUUGAUACGGCACAGUACCCCAACCCCAGAGCUGCAUCUCAUGAUAUCAGCAAGAUAGUCCGUGAUGACUAUCCCGACACCCUUUACAUGCGCAUGCUUGCAGAUGCCAUGCCCAAGUGGAGGACUCAUCCCCUUUACUCCCAAUGGUACCAUGAGGUUGGCAUGCUCAGAGCGGACCCCACCGAUUUCGGUGAGAGAAGUCUGGCUGCUUACCAGGAGCUCAACUACCCCAAUAACUCCAGAUUCAUGUCUGUUGAGGAGAUCAGGCAAGAGUGGAAUGGCAUCUUCGCAACCACCAAUUUCGAGGGAGUCGAAAAGGUCCUGUACAACCCUAAUGUGGGGUUCGCAGAGGCCGACCACGCCCUUGGCGCUGUUGUGCAGGCCGCUAUCAACCAUGGUGUCGAGUACGUCGUUGGUGAGAUGACAAGCCUCACUUUCAGCACAGACGGUCGGUGUACCGGGGUCGAGCUCACGACCGGCGGCGUUCUCACUGCCGACAAGAUCCUAUUGGCUACUGGCGCCAGGACCGGCGCAAUUCUUGCCCAGAGUGCUCCCAAGAACAAGAAUCUCCAUAUCGGCGACAGGAUGAUUGCCACCGGCGCUGUUAGCUUCCACGCCAAGGUGCAUGGUGCACAGAAGGAGAAGUUCGGCCGGCUUCCUGUUUUGAAGAACUGCCUCCCACAGGUCAAAGGUGAGGGAAUGUCUAUCCUUCCCGAUGGUACAAUUAAGUUCAAUUGCGACCUAUGUUUCACAAACUACGUUGACUUCCCGGCCACUGGGGAGCGCAUGUCCGUUGCGCCUGACAGCUCUACGUUCAAUGUUUGGACUGGGCGCAAAUUCAUCAAGUACUUCGAGGACCGCGCCAGGAGAACCAUUGACGGUCUCUACGGCGAUGAGGUCAAGGACGUGAAGAUUGACGCCUACAGAAUGUGCUGGGAUGCAUCAACUCCCACACAUGACUUCCUGAUUACUCCACACCCUCACUGUCAGAACCUCUUCGUGGCCACUGGUGGUUCGUUCCACGGCUGGAAAUUCCUGCCGGUGAUUGGCGACUACGUGGCAGACAUGAUGAAUGGCACGUUGGCCGAGGAAUAUGCUGAUCGGUGGGCUUGGGACAAGCAGAGCGGCGAUGGUCACUCUGCGAACCCAACCUACCAGAUCGCAGGUGACUUGCAGGACUGGCUUUGA